AUGUUAACGUGGAGCAGAUACACAAACCCCUUCCUAAAUGUCCAAUUACCCAUCCUUCUAACAGUAUGGGCGUGUCUGGAGAUUCGGUUGCGCAUAAGAAAGAAUAAAAUUCUGGAAUCUACUGAUACCAUACAGAUGUGCCGUAACAGUUCAUUUGCACACAGGGCAAAAUUGCUCAUUAGGAACGGCAUUUAUAUCACUAAUAUACAAUAUGAGAUGCGGAAGGCUUCGUAUUUUGAUGAAAAUACCGGCUUCUUUACUGUAACUCAAAACAAUAAAUCUUGGAUAGAUCAAAUAAAGGAUUUAAAUGUGUCGGGGCCUAUGGUUGCAUUCAAGGAACAUGUUUUCUAUAGACUAUCGCAGGGCAUAGCAUGGCUACUAAUUUAUUCAUUUAUGGGCAAUUCAUUGGCAGGCGCAUUUCCCUUUGAGAUUCCAUACGGUUAUAAGCCAAUCUUGCAAAUUGGCUUAAAGUUGAAGAAUCUGAGUAGCAAUUAUGUAUCCCCCCUAUCAUGGUAUCUAGCAAUGAUUUAUUUAAUUGAAGACUUGGUUGGGUUAUUGCAUCUAAUAUGCUCCACGGGUACAAUUUUUGCCAAUUUUUUCAUAACAAAUCCUAGGAACCCACGCCUACUGGUGAGUGUAGACAAUAGUUUUCGGAUUGGAACUCUGAAGAACAUGUUUGAACACGAAAUUAAUUCACUCAGCAACUUUGUACAUUACUUUCAACCACACAACGCCGAGUUUCAGGCUUUGGGCAUUUUAAAUAGGCUGGUUGGUUCUGAACAUCAGUUUAAAAAUUACUAA